AUGUGGCACAUCCAUCAGUCUGGAGGGGGCAGUAUUUUCAGACGCGACACGAUCGUCCCUCCAGCAGGCACCGCGACAAGUUUCCAUGUGCGCUUUGGGCCGUCGGUGGGAAAGUCCAAAACCAGCACCAAGAAACUAGACUCCUACCGCCGCCCACUCAAACAGCUGAAGAGGUGUGAGGUCAGAGCUCAGAUGCUCUGGGGAGAGAUGCAGGGAGACUUGCUUGGGAUGGUCUUUGACCCGGACUGUCCCUGUCCUGUUUAUCUUUUGGGACAGGCCCUGGAGCAGCUGGGGCCCAGGGACAUACAAAGCACAGAGAACCCUGGAGAAUACUGCUAUGGUGGCUACCAUCCAGUGCAGAUGGGUGAUAUUUUCAACAGGAGGUACCAGGUUCUAUCCAAACUUGGAUGGGGAUAUUAUGCUACUGUGUGGCUGUGUCUGGACCUCAGGUCAGGUGGACAUGUGGCAGUGAAAGUGCUGAAGAGUGGCCCUGGGUUUGCUCAGGCUGGACAAGAUGAACUGGCUCUGCUCCGAUGUGCUGGCAGUGCCACACAUCGUAACUCACACAGCCAGAGGAUAGUCCGACUGUUGGACGAGUUCAAAGUGGCUGGGGUCAAUGGAGUCCACAUUUGCCUGGUCCUGGAGCUGAUGGGCCCCAGUCUCCGCAGUGUGCUGUCGAGCUGUGGAACACCUGGAUUGCCCCGACCUGUGGUCAAACAGGUCCUCACUCAGGUUCUGCAGGGCCUGGCGUACCUCCACUUUCAGUGCAAAAUCAUCCACACUGACAUCAAACCCGAGAACAUCCUGCUGUGUGCAAACCAGACCAACUCUUCACCAGGAGGCACUGGCUGCUCCUCCGUCAACUCUGUCAACAACAACUUAUCAGAUGGAGACCAGAUGUCCCUCCAGAGUCUGAAGCAGAUAGAAGUGAAGAUUGCUGACCUGGGCAGCUCCUGUUGGGUGUACAAGCACUUCUGUGAGGAGAUCCAGACCCGGCAGUACCGCUCUCUGGAGGUUCUGGUGGGGCUGGACUAUGGGCCUCCUGCUGACAUUUGGAGCGUGGCCUGUAUGACCUUUGAGCUUCUCACUGGAGACUCUCUUUUUGAGCCCAGAGCAGCCAACUCCUGCUCUCUGGAAGAAGAUCAUAUAGCUCAGAUAAUGAUGCUGCUGGGUAAAAUCCCUCCAGCCAUCGCACUGACUGGAAAAUACUCCGCAGAGUACUUCAACCGCAGAGGAGAUUUGCUGAGAGUGGGUCCUGUGAGAUCCUGGAAACUCUACGACGUCCUGGUGGAGAAAUACCACUUCAGGUUGGAAGAGGCGUCAGACUUGUGUGACUUCCUGUUGCCCAUGUUGGAGUAUUAUCCCGAGAGGAGAGCCACAGCUGUACACUGCCUCAGACACCCCUGGCUUUGCUCCUGACCACAG